ACAAGAACGGCCGCCUGCAACAUCCCAUUGCUCGAUCCGCAUAUCUAAACAUCUUACGACUAUCCAUCCAUCGUUGGAAAGCGCUCCUACAUGCCUCCUCGGAAGCGAACAAAGGCCAGUGCGGCCUCCACGCCUCUCGCAGACACGCAGCCCAAAACACCACAGGAAUCUGGCGUAGCUACUCAAUCGCAAGAUCGCUCUUCCCCGCAGGAAGAGAAUGAGUCUGGCAUACUAUGGACCGAUGAUCAGGAGACCCAAUUGUUCAAAAACAUGAUGAAAUGGAAGCCCGCAGGUCUGCACAAGCAUUUCCGCAUGAUGUCAAUACAUAACAAUAUGCGAUCUCACGGGUUCGCGUCCGAAGACGCUCCUCACACCCGAAUACCCGGCGUUUGGCGCAAAUUAUACCAGCUCUACGAUCUACGAGCCCUCGAUGAGCGCGAGAACUCUUAUGAGUUUAGCGACCAGCCCGACCCUGCCGACCCCGACGAAGCAUACGAUCUCCCCGAAUUUGAGUUACCAGAGGAGGAUUUUGGCGAGAUUAUGUGGCAAAAACGCUUCCAUGGCCCGGAAUCCGAGGCAGCAUCCUCUCCACCAUUCAUGCCUGUCGAAGACGAUAAGGCUCUGUACCAGCCUGGAAUAGGGUUGCUACAUGAUCUGCCAGAAAACGAGAAAUCACAAUCGCUCAAAGCAGAGAGCUUGUCAGGUGCCACACCCGCGCCGAAAAAUCCGAAGAACACACGUGCAAGUCGAUCGGCUGCCAAGGGAAAGGCCACGAGAAGCGGACAAAGCGCAAAGAACAAUAAGGCACAGACAGUAGAGUCGGAAUCGGCGGAGGAAGAACAAGAGGAGGAGGAAGAGGAAGAGGAGGAAGAAGAGAGCAGCGAAGAGUCUGCCACAGAAGAAACUGCCCCAAGCACAAGGAGGACCAAUCGUAGUGCUGCGAAGGCAGCCAAACCGGCACCAAAAAGGACGAGGAAGAGGUAAAAUGAAUCCUGUACGAGUGCUGUGUUUUUAUCAUUCCUUACUACUAAGAUACCCGAUUAAUUCAUUAAGACAAUAAGCGUACUAAAAUCUUCAUCAAUGGUGGAAGUGUGGCCGAAGGCACGUUGACCAUCACAGUGGCUGUAAUUUAAUGACAUUAUUAGUUCAUGUGGC